AAAAGACUGCGAGAGGCGGCGCGGCGGCGGCAGACGCGUGUGUGCGCGCGGGAGCGGGGUCGCCGCCGGUGCUACCGGUACCUCCGGUCCCCUUCCCCCCCUCUCCCCCCCCUUCCGUGCUCCUUCCCCCCCGUCCCGGCCCCGUUCCCCCGCAGCCGGGCGGGGGAGGAGGAUGGAAACACCCUUCUACCAUGAUGAUGUGUUGAGCGGGCUCGGCACCGGCUUCGCCCCGUCCUCCGGUAGCACCGGGCUCCUCCUGCCUUUCCCCGGCGGCAGCAUGAUGAAGAAGGACGCUCUCGGGAUGGCUUUACCGGAACAAGUCGCGGCGGCUUUGAAAGCACCGGGUGCGUCCAGCGGCGAGGCGGCGGGGUUGCUGGGCUCGGCCGAGCUGGGGCUGCUGAAGCUGGCGUCCCCCGAGCUGGAGCGCCUCAUCAUCCAGUCCAACGGGCUGGUCACCACCACGCCGACCACCGGCCAGUUCCUUUACCCCAAAGCGGCCGCUUCCGAGGAGCAGGAGUUCGCCGAGGGCUUCGUGAAGGCGCUGGAGGACUUGCACAAGCAGAACCAGUUGGGCGGCGGCGCGGCGGGGAGCGGCGGGGCAGCGGCGGCGGCAGGAGGAGGAGGAGGAACCGGCGGGGCGGGCGGCAGCGGGGCGGGCGAGCUGCCCUCCGCCGGGCUGGCCCCGGAGCCGCCGGUGUACGCCAACCUCAGCAGUUACCCGGCCGUCAGCUACGCCGCCGACCCCGGCCCGUUCGCGGCGCCCCCUCCGCGGCUGCCGCCGCCGCCGCCUCCUCCUCCUCCGUUAAAGGACGAGCCUCAGAUCGUGCCGGAGGUGCCGAGCUUCGGGGAGAGCCCCCCGCUCUCCCCCAUCGACAUGGACACGCAGGAGCGGAUCAAGGCGGAACGGAAGCGGCUGAGGAAUCGCAUCGCCGCUUCCAAGUGCCGCAAGAGGAAGCUGGAGCGGAUCUCCCGCUUGGAGGAGAAGGUGAAGAGCCUCAAGAGCCAGAACACGGAGCUGGCCUCCACCGCCAGCCUGCUCCGGGAGCAGGUCGCCCAGCUCAAGCAGAAGGUCCUCAGCCACGUCAACAGCGGCUGCCAGCUCCUGCCGCAGCACCAGCACCAGGUCCCCGCGUACUGACCCUCGACGGACCGCGGAG